AUGACUGGCGGUGGCGGUGAUUCGCCGUGGUGGGAUCCAGCGGCGGUCUGGGAGUUUGUUGGCCCUGCCGUCCGUCUGCCCAGAAAAAUCCCAAUAAAACUUCAGCGGCGCGACAGCGAGACGUCCCUGCCAACAACCCCUUUGCCAGGGCAUCCUCCGCGCGUCGUCAACGUCGGGUCCAUCGUCGCUGCGAGGCGAGUCGACUUCCUCGGGGUGUGUGCCUGUGCUUCCCAGUCCCAACUGCCUCCGCCCGCCCCUCAGCGCUUCCCAGCAAGCCCGUCGCGUCGUCGUGCGCGCCCGUUUAUUAUUUUUUAUUAUUAUUAUUAUUAUUUCCCUCCCUUUUAUUUUCUGCCCGCCCGCCGCUCUGCCCAACCGUACCGCCGCAACCGGCCUAGCGCCGCCCGCGCCACCCACGGCACCCACGCCUAUUCUUACUUCUCCUGGCCGGCUUGCGCUACUUGCGCUAUCCCGCUCUCGACUCUAGCCGCGCCGCUAGGCCUCUUUGGGGCGCGUCGCCAUCUCCACGCGGAGCUUCACGCCCGUGACUGCCUCAGACAGCAAAAGCAGCUGCUCGGGCAAGCCUGGGCGUGCUGA